AUGUUUCACACGUUCAAUGUGGCCGCACCAGCGCAACAGGGUCCUGAUCAACGCGCUUUGAGCGCGGUGUCGCCCUCCCGGAAACGACAAAAAGUGUUGCGAGCCUGCGAUCGAUGUCGAACCUUUCGCACCAAGUGCGGGGAGAAGCCGUGUUCGCGCUGUGUGCUCGAUAAUGUCAGAUGCACGUGGACCUUCAGUCCAGCCAAGCAAAAGUCUAAGAUGCUCGUCUCAACCGGAAGAGACCAACCCGAGCCCCCUUCUAGAGACCAUAUCCGACCCGAUGCGUCUCCAAAGAAGCCGCAACGCUCCUUGGCGCCGGUCACUGUCGCGAGUGUGGACGGCAAUCGACCGCCAAUGCCCUUGGCCCCUGCCAGUAGUGGCGGCGAGAUGAACAUUGUCAAUCAGGGCCGCAUGGAGCCGGACGAGCACACGAAGCUGCGCAACCGCCCGGGGUAUGUCUUUGCCAAGAUCAAUUCAUUCUUUACCGAUGCCAGGACCACGUCGCGCACCGCCGUCAAUAGAGCAAUGGCGGACCUCAAUACUGCCUAUCCGGGUCCGUUUCCUGAUCUGCCGCAUGUCGCAGCAUUGGCAGACAGCCCACCCCCUUGCAAUGAACACUUAACUGAGGAUCAACAAACCUAUUUUUUGAGAUUAUUUUGGGAGGCCUAUCAUCCGCUCUUGCAAGCUUCCGAUGAAGCGGGAUUUCAAACACUGUUGGAUCUGGAUCGGCGACAAGUCUUCGAGGUGGGGAAAUUGACCAAGGCUUUGGCAAAUUGUAUGACGGCACUAGGAAUCCAAUAUGGCCAUGGGGCUGGCCUGACUUCUCGCAUCCUGAGCUUGCGCCGGUGUGCGGUGAACAUCUCCUCAGUAGGGUACGAAUAUUUCCGUCGCUGCCGCGAAUACAUUGCUCUUCUGACCGAGCCCACGCUCCUAUCGAUGCAAUGUUACGCUCUGAUGUCUCUGUAUCUCAUGAAUGCCAGCCACUUCAGGGAGGCCUAUAGCCUGCUUGGCACCGCUAUUCGCCACAGCCAUAGUGUCAAUCUCCAUGAGGAGCCCAGCGAGCAUCUUCAGCCAAAAGAGAGAAUAGCUCAGAGACAGACUUGGUGGUUACUCUUCAUGCUCGACAUACAAUGUUCUCAGCAACUUGGGAAGCCAGUCGCUGUACAGACCACAGCGAUCACGUGUGCUUUGCCGUCGGCGGAUGAAUUAACAACGAUGCCGGGAAACGCCAGGGUCUGUUGGAAGAAUCUGCACGUCUCGACCUAUUUCGUUCAUGCGGUGAAGUUCGCAGUAUCUGUUGCCGAGAUUCAUCGACUGAUCUCCACCUCGAAAUUAUACGAAGACGUCCGCAACGUCACGGGGCUCGAGCAGCGAGCCAACUUGCUGGCCACGUCGCUUGCUUGUCUAGAGAAAUGGAGCAAUGAACUGCCGGAUGACCUUCUUAGCCCCAGAAAGAAUACGGGCUACAUGGAAUCUAUGUCCACGGCAGAGAGUCCAAUCGUGUUAGAGCUAGGGGCACCCAGCUGGCUCCACCACCAACGGGUCCUACUGGAAGUAUACUACCAUAAUGCAUAUAUCAUGCUUCAGCGGCCCUUUAUCUGUUUUCCACAACCUUCCAAUGUCUCUCCCGUCCAGCAGCCACAAACAGACCAUCAUGCUCGCAGCUCACUCCAGCAUGCCAUAACCAUGACAAUCAUUGUCCACGACCUCUGCUCUUCUUCCGACGUUUUCUUUGGCUCGCCCGCCAUCUUGCACCCACUGUGGAAUGCCACGGUGACCAUUUUCGGAUUUGUGAUAGCGAACCCAUCCUCUUCGCGAUCACGUAGGGCGACACAGUGGAUUUUUAAAGCCUUGGCUGUAUUUGAGGCAUUCGCAGCAACCGAACCUUUCGCUGCUCGAGCUGAAACUAUCACGAAGUCACUUGCUGCUAAGCUGAAUGACAUUUUGACCCACCUGGACGAGAAGUCGGAGCAGACGAACCAUGGCAGAAUUGCCCUGGGGUUAACAUUGCAGCCAUCACCCGACACAACCUCGACAACGCCAUCCGCGGACCCCGUCGAUGUACUGACGGGGCCUCUCGCAGGAGAUAGCAUGGAGCACACUUUUGAUAAUACAUUUUUCACAGAUGACAGCCUCUGCUCUUCGAUUGGAGCAGUUGAAGUUAACACAUGGGCAGCCUAUCAAGAUCAUCUUGACAUAUGGAAUGGCAGCCACUCGGAUGGAGCUCUUGAAGCAAUGCACAUAUUGGAAUAG